UUCCCCUCCUCGGUCUCUCUUCACUCAGGUUCUUUUCUCGGGCAUUCACUACUACUAUAUCCCUUAGCACUGUUACACUUCAGUCUAUCACUGCGCCCGCCCCGUCCAACAACUCAUCCGCCGUCUCGUCGAUCGCCCCGCCCUAAGUUGUAGACGUCAUACAUCUAUCUUCCCUGAGCAAUCUCCAAUAAACCGACUGUCACUUCUGUCUCGAAGAGGCGCUCUGCCCACCAUGUUUGCCGGCAAGCGCCUGAGCAAGGAGCUCCUAAAGAUGAAAGAUCACCUUCCCCCCGGAAUCACAAUCGUCAAGUCCGAAAACCUCGAGGAAUGGCAAAUGGACAUCAAAGUCCUCGACUCCAACCCGCUCUACCAGAACGAGACCUACCGUCUCAAAUUCACCUUUAGCAAUAAGUACCCAAUCGAACCCCCCGAAGUCCAAUUCAUCGAAUGCCCACCCACCUCCGACCACCCCCGUCCCAUCCCCAUCCACCCACACAUCUACAGCAACGGCAUAAUAUGUCUCGAUCUGCUCAGCUCAGCAGGCUGGUCACCCGUACAGACGGUCGAGAGCGUCUGCAUGAGUAUUCAGAGCAUGUUGACCGCUAAUUCGCGCAAUGAGCGACCUCCCGGUGAUAGUGACUUUGUGUCGUAUAAUCGGAGGAGACCUAGGGAUAUCAAUUUCCAUUAUGAUGAUGAUAAUGUAUAAUGUUUUGGGGGUUCAGUAAUUUCUGAAAUCGGUGGUGGUGGUGAUGGUUGCAUUGAUAUUGGCGCGUGAUUAUGAUCUUCCAUUCUCAUCUCACAUCAUAUUCAAGUUUCCCUUUUUGAUUCACUAUUUGAUUCACUAUUUGCUUGCUUGAUUCCUAUCAAGGCGAAGAAGGAGUUUAACUGGAUUUCGACUGGAGCGUUGGUAUUAUGCAUGAAAUGCAUUUACGUGUGGG